AUGUCUAAGUGUGGUAUAACUGCACAACAUCUCACUCAUCCAUUACGUAUUGAUCCUAGUUGGUUCCCCACAACAUCAGCUUCACUAGUCGUGGCCAGGUGGGAUCUGUACGACAAUGCGAUUCGAUCAGAGGAUGCGAUGCUCGAUGACAUAGAAGCUCCAUCACUAUUCACUACUCUUAAAAGCGUGUGCAAGUCCAUAACUGAGAUAGACGUCAACGGCAAUCCUCCAGGAUGCAAUGAACUCUUCCUACCCUUCAAUGGUGCUAAGAUUAUUCACAACAUACUUCAGCAAGGCCUGCCUGAUCAUCAUCAUCCUGUCCAGAAAAGGCCACCACCACCUCACCAUCGUCGAUCAGCAGGGGAGUGGGAGGUCAUCCUCACUAGGCUCUUGUCGAGUAUUAUCAACGAUGCUCUGAAUAAGGUUUCGGGGAGGAGGAUGAAGGACAGGAAGCCCUACAUAAGGGUAUUCGGAUCAGCUCUUAGUGGAUUCUCAUUGUCCAGUGAGGAAAGUGAUGUGGACGCGGUCGUACUCCUAGAAGGGGAAGAAAAGUUCUCAGAAGGAAUCCUCGAGGAAGGAUCGUAA